AACUCAGUCCUGUGAUUAUCAAACAUUUCGCACCUUGCACGAUUCCUAUAACUUUUCUAUAUUAAUUCAUUUCUUAAAGUAUCAUUGUCCGAACAUUAAUCUUUUGGGUAUUUAAUUUCAUAUUGUUAUUUAAUUUGUUUAAAAUACAAGUUCGUGAAAGGUCAUGGAGAAUUAGCGCUUUAGCGCUGACAAUUGAUCAUAUAAUAUAAUUGAAUUGAAGUUACCCCAUUUUUUUACGAUUGGAAUUAUUUCUGAGGUGACCGAUUUCUUUGGGAUUCUUUGACAAUUGACACACGAGUUUGACCGAAUUAUUUCGUCGUAUUAUACCUCCCGAAGAAGCCCAAUAGUCGUAUUCUGCGCAGGUGUAUAGGGCGGCGUGUAUACCCCAGUGGCCCGUCGUUACCUUUCUUAUUAACAUCUCCAGGAAAGUUUUCAGUCACGCUAAGGAUUGCCACCAGGUAUUAGUCCAAGUGGGAUUAUUGUCACUGAAGUUGACGCGGGUUAAAGGACGACAGCAAAGAUAUCCUCGUCGUCAUUUACUCCAAGUCUUUCAGCAUUUCGUCAGGACGAUGCAAUGGGCGAAGGGAGGCGGGAACGCUCGUCAAAAAGGCGAAGAUCCCUAUUCAGGAGUCCCCAAAAAUCCUGUUCGGACUCCGAGGUAGCGCGCAUAAAGUUCAAAGAGCGCAAAGGGAAGUCUAAGGAUCAAUUCCCAUGGCCAAGUGUUUAUCAGUUGACCGUUGAUGAACUCGCGCGUUAUCGACGCCGACGGGUGCCAAAUCGGCCCGAUACUCUGGGAGUCGACCACUAUGAAGAUGCUCUGGAGAGUUUGGUCACUGAGUACAGAAGGGCGUUUAGAGCUACCAGUGAGGAUUCGCUAGUGAAGAGGAAUAUCGGGGACAGUGAAGUGGAAGCUGGUGAUCUAGCCACGAUCAAAGCUAAUGGUGGACCUAUGGAGACUGAUAAUGAUGCCUCGGCUUUACCUGGGCAUGUUUCCACCCGUCCACCACUUAUCAGAAAGGGCACCAGUUUGAAGACUGGUGGCAAUUUUUAUUCUGCCACUGAGUAUUCGAACUACAGAACGUACGAGGGCUUGCAUCGUCCUGAAUUGGCCCGAAGACCUACCUCACUUCGAAUGGAAGGUGACAUGCGAACUGUCACGGAACAGUGUGAGAAAUUCAUCGAGUGGUUUAACGUCAGUCGACCCGAUCUCGUUCGCGUGCCGACGCAUCUGAAGCUCGAGGGUCAACAGGAAACAUCCACAGAGAGUCAUGAACAAUAUGUGCCAUUCGUUGGUGCCAGGAGGCCCGAAAUUCUUCGACAGGGUGCGCAUUUGAAACUCGAGGGUGAAACUACUUAUUUGCCGGAAUACACUGACGUUUUUCGUCAACCGAUUCAUCAAGAAAAACGAUCGCCACUGCUUCCAGAAACUCACCUGAAGUCCGGAGGUAAUUUUUCCCAAGCCACUGAAAACACUCAGCAAUUCGUCGAUCCCCGAGGCACAGUCGUUCCUCCUAACGACAACGAUGAGUCCAUCGAGGACCUCCUGGAGCUCGAUAACCAUCAUAAAAAGGAGGAGGACAUGAAUCUCCUUGUCUCAAAGCUCUCCGACCUCAAACACCCACCCAUGGAGACACCAGAGUACAAAGACGCCUAUCGCGACUUCCCCAGGGAGCGUCCCAAACUCUUGAAACCUGAAGAUGAGAUAGGUCGAGCGGAUGGUUCUAAAGUUCAUCCAUCCUCCGGUUCCGCUACAUUUCGCACAAAAAUAGAUCAAGAUCCAGAGUACAAAUCGAAAUAUAUAGACCCUGACCGUCCAAUUUACAGGAAACCGCCGAUUUCAAUGCGCCAUCCAAUUGGUUCUUCUGGCUUUGACAGGCGUCUAGUUCCAGAUUUACGUUCCCACACAUCCACCAGUGAGGUGAGGGCUCAGUAUGUCCCCCAUGGACACGUUCCCAAGGUUGAGUCACUCCGGAUGCCGCCGACCCUUCGUCCUGAGGGACACAUGAAUCUCCAGCCAGAGUAUCGAGAUGCCUAUUGCAGGAGAGGAAGUCGAAUCAAUGAUCCCACACAUCAGGCCACUAGGCGAAAAUCCAAUAAUUGGUUGAAUAAUGAUAACAGCGAACAGUUUGGAUCGGUCAAUGCUCAAAAUGAUCAGGACGCUUUUCAGGUGCUUCAAACUCGAGUCCACGAGGAGAACGUAGUGGGGAAGCCUCCGAUGGUGAGGAGGAGCUCUCGUGCCUCUCAGGGUCAACGACCCUCCAUCGCUGAUGUUAAUCCUCAACUUCUGACGAAUCGAUCGCCGAGUCCAACGUAUCGUCUUCAUGUUCAUAAUGUUGAUGAUGAGCCCAGGGGAUUUGCUCGUCGACGAAGGACGUCCUCCAUUCGUCAGACUGGUAAUAGUCCAUCGCCAGACAGGGCUACUUUCGAGGACAAUCAGAGGUCCUAUUCACCAAGUUUUGGGAAGGAACGUCAGAGUGACGAGGCACAAGCUUUUGUUGUACUCGAUAAUGCUAAUGUCCAUGGUAAUGACAGUAGACGUCGACGUCUUGAUAGAAAUUCAAAUUUCGAGACCCUGGGGGAACGGAGAAAGAGAACUCCACCAAAUUGGAUGCCUCCGUGGUACGAUAAUGCGAGUACUAUUUGAUGUGAUUAAAUCGAUAAUCGAUAAUUACACUGCCGAGUUAUUUUGGGUAUAGUAUUUAUGUUUCUUGAAAAAAAAUCGGUGUGUAGGAGAUUGGGCAGUACACGUUUGGUGUGGAUAGUAGUCUAUACCCUUGAAGCCUUUCCGUUGUUGAAGGUUUAUCGAUAUAGUUUAAUUCACUGGUUAUGAAAAAACAAUAUUGUGAAUUUUUUACGUCAACUUCAAAUGCCAACUGGCGGAUUAUAAUUUUUUUUUGUCCCCAGGUCAUUGUGAAAUUGUUUAUUCAAUAAACUCUG